AUGCCCCGUUCUUCUCGCACAGGUGAAUUGAUAUACGAUUUUGAGAUUGAGAAGGCAGUGCAUAGGCGAAGGCAAGAGACCAAAAGACGGAAAGAAGGGCACUAUUCUACUGCAAACGAGUCAGUAGAAGACGAAUUUAGCAUGGCCAACACCCAAACAUUAAGGGAGCUGGCUGCCCCGGAGUUGACUCACCAGCCCUUGUGCAUCACAUUCCCCACUUUGACUGAGAAUAUCGCCUUCGAGCUGAAGUCGGGGUUGAUUCAUCUCUUACCCUCGUUCCAUGGUCUCUCUGGUAAAGAGCCCCACAAACACGUUAAGGAGUUCAAAGUGGUUUGCUCUAACAUGAAACCUCCUGGGGUCACUGAGGAGCAAAUUAGACUUAGAACAUUCCCCUUCUCUCUCAAGGAUGCAGCGAAGGAUUGGCUAUACUAUCUACCUGCAGGUAAUAUCACCACGUGGGUACAAUUCAAAAAAAAAUUUCUAAAAAAAUUCUUCUCCGCAUCUCGGGCUGCAAGUUUGAGAAAUGAGAUAUACAGCAUCAAGCAGUAUUCCGUGGAGUCCUUAUACGACUAUUGGGAAAGAUUCAACAAGUUGUGCACUAGAUGCCCGCAGCAUCAAAUUAGUGAGCAACUGUUGAUCCAAUACUUCUAUGAAUGGCUCCAGUCAACUGAUAGGAGUAUCAUUGACGCUGCGAGUGGAGGAACCCUGGCGAACAAGACACCGAAGAAAGCGUGGGAGUUUAUUGAAGCCAUGGCAGAAAACUCUCAGCAGUUUGGCUACCGUGAGAGUAACCCCACUCGUAGGGUUAACAAGAUAGAGACAUCAUCCAUUCAGCAGCAACUGUCAGAGUUGACGUCCGCUGUUAGACAAUUAGCCAUGGGGAACACGCCGCGAGCGAAGGUUUGUGGAAUCUGCACUAGCAUGGACCACUGCACGGACACGUGCCCAUUUUUACAAGAGGACGACGCAGAACAGGUAAACAUGGCCAGAGGCGUGCCCGCGCCCUGCAGGCAGUAUGACCCGUACUCCAAUACGUACAAUCGGAGUUGGAGGGACCAUCCCAAUUUCAGUUAUGGAAACAUGCAACAAAAUUCAUUCCUAAAUCGUCCAUCAGGAUUUCAACAGUCAUGGCAAACAAAACCUCAGCCCUCGUCCUCCAAUUCAGGAAGCUCUCUGGAGGAUAUUGUCAAAAGCCUAGCCACGACUACUACUCAACUACAACAGGAGAUCAGAUCCUUGACCACGAAUACCGUUCAGCUCCAGCAGGAGACUAGAGCCUUAACCGUGAGCACUACCCAAUUCCAGCAGGACACCAAAGCGGGCAUGAAGGACCAAGAUGCUCGAAUAAGCCAACUGGCAACUGCCAUCAACCGCUUGGAGUCCCACGUUUAUGGAAAAUUGUCAUAG